AUGGAAUUACUCAAACCAUUCCCACAAUCUCAACCCAACCCACGCAGCCACGGCAACGCCGCGUUUCCUCCCAAUCUCCUCGCGACCUCCAUCGACCGCGAUUGCUGCGUGGAUAAUCGCUUCGCGUCCAACCGCGUGAUCCCUGCAUCAGAAUCCAUUCAAAGCGCGUUGAAGCGUUGA